GAUUCCUUACUUAAGGAGAGGCUCACGUUAAGAAUUGCAUAUUUUUCUUUAUCAAAAAAGAGACUUCUAUUAUUCUGUUUUCACAGUGGGAUAAGUAAGAUAUUGCCUUUUAGCACUUCACACAGUGCCUUAUUCAUAUUCAAUGACUAUUAGGAACUUGUAGUGGUAGUAUGAUGCUGUCAGGUCACAGGUGUUAUAAAAAUUUUGGCUGAAUUAAUAUCAUAUGAGUUUGACAUCUAAGCAGCAAGACUUUUUAUCAGUUUUAAAAUGGAUAUCUUGUUUGGUUUGGGAAGCAAGUGAGUAUUAAAAUGUAGAUUGCAAUUUAAUUUAGUGCUUUGGUGUGAAAAUAGAAACUACUGUCAUGACUUGAUGUUUGAAAUUCUUUGAUUUUUUUAAGCAUAAAAUACUUAUAUUUACUUUUGUAACUGUAUUAUUUCUGAAUAUGAGUUUGGGGCUAUAGUUUCAAGCACAUCUCUACAAACAGCACAUUUUGGAAGGGAUAGAUUUUUUUUUUCUUUUUGCUGAGGAAGAUUAGCCCUGAGCUAACAUCUGUGCCAGUCUUCUUCUACUUUAUAUGUGGGUCACCACUACAGCAUGGUUGAUGAGUGGUGUAGGUCCAUGCCCAGGAUCUGCACCCGUGAACCCAGUCUGCCAAAGCAAAACGCGCUGAAUUUAACCACUACGUCACGGGGCCGGACCCUGGAAGCGAUAGAUUUUAUUCCUAAUAAAUAAGAAGCCAGGUUGUAAUUAAUCACUAUAUUUUCUCCUUGUCACAUUUUUUUAAGAACUAGAGACAUCUUAAUAGGCUACAUGAGGACUUUGGAUGGAUGCAGCUUACAUAUAUGGUGAAGAGUAUCUUGAAGUUGGCCUGGGCCAAAAAUACUCAAGACCCUCGGAUUGCAGUAGGUUCCCAGUCCCCACUAGAAAAGAAGAUUAAGAGUUUAGGUGGUGUCCAUUCUUCAGAAGUGAGGAAACUGUUAGCCCAAAAGUUUCAAAAGGAGAAUGAAACACUUCAUAAACUUAAGGCCGUAUCUUUUGACUUCCGGUUUGCCAGAGCAGAGGCAUACUACUAUCAACGACAUCAAGAAAUGAUGCUGGAAGAAGCAUGGAAAUACAUGGUUCCAAAAUGGGAAACUAAACUAGACGAAAAGAGACCACAAAGUGAAACAACAGAUGCUAAAAAAUGGGACUAUCUAGUGCCUGAGAGGGAGCUGAACCAGAUAGAGAAACACAUAUACCGAGCCGAACGUGCCAGAGGCCUCAGGGACCACAAGUAUCAACUACUCCCUCAAAGAAUUCCAAGUGAAAUACUUUUCCCCCAAAUAUUAACACUCGAGAAGAAUGAAAAGACUGAAAAUAUGCAGAAAACACCCAAAACUAAAACCAAAAAGCACAAGGUGGCGUGGACAAAGAAACAGAUAAAGGGACACUGCGAUCGAAUGAUGCGAGGGAGAGAACUCACAGAACAAAGAAAUGAUAAACGAGGUGCUCAGAAACUUUCCUCCCAGGGUCUUCCUUUCCUAAAAUCUCAAGCGGAGAAAGAGGAAGUCAAAGAAGUUGAAUGGGUCACAGCCUAUCCAAUUGCCCAGCCUUACCAGGAAGCAAUUAUAGAAGUGACUAUUCUGAUGGAAAAGUCAAAAAAAGAAGAUAAAAUUAAAAAACCAUUCCAAAGAGAGCUCUUGAGUAUGCCACCGUUUUUGAGAAGUCAACUGGAGAAAAAUAAAGUUUAAAUUGUUUUCUA